AAUAAUUAUUUUUAAAACUUUUGAAGUAUUUUCCUAUAUAUACUGUUAUUUUUAUGUAUAUAUCAGUUACACAAACCACAAUAUACAAUUUCAUAUAACACCAUGUCAAUAUUUAUGCAACCUUUCUUUUCACUUGCUUUGGCCUUAUUCCUUCUCUCAGCUGAAGCAGCCACUGUGCUAGACUCGGUGGUUCCGCAACUCUCGGCAGAGGCCAAGGAGUUCUUAGACGCGCACAACUGGGCAAGAGCCGAAGUGGGUGUUGAACCGCUGGAGUGGAGCGAGGCGCUGGCCAAGGAUGCGGGCCUGUUUGCCCGAUACCAAAGGGACCGCUUAGGGUGUAAGUUGGCAAAUUUCAGUCACAAUAAGUAUGGAAGUAACCAGGAUUUGGGAGGCAUGGGGUGGACACCAAGCGUCGCUGUGCAAGAUUGGGUGAACGAGAAAGAGUUCUAUAGCUACAGGACCAACUCCUGCGUGGCACCGAGCUUCCCAUGUUGGCAUUACACGCAGGUGGUGUGGAGGAAGUCAAAGCAGGUGGGGUGCGCACAACUCACGUGUGUUGUGGAUAAGCUUAUCUUGACCAUUUGUUUUUAUGAUCCUCCGGGAAACAUCAACGGGGAGAGCCCAUACUGAUGAUUCUAAUGCCAAUGUCGCUUUAUAUUUAGCACGACACUAAGAAAGAUUACUUUAUCUCAUACAAGAAUUUUUUAUAUUA